UAACUAAAAAGAGAAUUAGCUAUAUGCCGUGAAAUGCAAACCUAGCAGUCUCUUGACAUCACCACAGCCGCGCUGUAUAGACACUUCGUUUAGGGUACGAUAAUGGUCAGUCGGGUUUACUGUAACAUUGUUUGAACACACAGGGAGUGGCCCUCUGGAACGCAUGGGAAAUAAUUAUGCUUUAAAGGUACACGGGAGACAGGCUAGACUAGAGGCGACACAUAUUUAGACAGAGGUAUCCGUAGGCAAUAGACGAUUCUUCUCAUCUUCACCGCUUCUCACAGUUUCCAUCAUGGCGUAUGCUGCCUAUUGGACCAGCCUUCAGAGAACAGGUCCUAGUACCACACUUGGAGAGAAGCAGGUGGAUGGCCGGUCUUAUAAUACUCGAGCUGCUGCAGCCUCUAAGGCUCAGUCGCAGCCCAGACAAUAUUCAUCCACUUCAGUGGCCCAGGUUGCCGUGAAUCCAGCACAAUUUGAGAGUGCAUCUGCCGCCUCGACCAUGGCUACGAAGCCAAGGGCGGAGUCCGUGACAAUGGGUGGAGCCACAGGAAGUGCUGUCGCAGCGGGAGGAAGUCCUACUACAGCCGGGACAACACAGAGAGGAGCUGCCAAAGUGAUGAUGCCAGAGACGACACUUGUCUCUCCAAACACUGCUGGAGCAGGUGCUACUAUUAUUGACAUACCAACACCUGGGACCAGAAGCAGUCCUAAAGACACCCCAAAGACUGCGCCCAUGCACCCUGCCAAAGCUACACCUCCUACCCCUGGAGGAGGAAAUAUUGUCGGAGUGGCGGCGACACCGUGGAAAGCUGAAGUACCGAAGCUCCAAGAGUCUCCGAAACAGACAGCCAAGAGUGUGCCCACCACAUCUAGCAAAGCUGACAUGGCUAAAAAGGAUCCUGCUAAGUUGCCCCAGGCUGUUUCUGCAGGCGGUGCCGCGGCUGGAGGCCCCUCUCAGAAGGGUCCAGUGACCAAGGUACAGGUGGAAGUAGGUCCCCCAGCAGCCAAGACAGCCAAAGAGGAGCUUGAUGCGGACCCCUUUGAUGCCCUGGCUAAUUUCUUGCCCUCGUCAGAGCCUCUCGCCCCUGCAGCCCCCAUAUACACCGGGCCAGAGGUUAUAGAGCAUGGCUUGACCCAUCAGGAGGGAGUGAUAUGUGGGGGGAACAACUGCCCACUGCCCCCAGGAUACCGAUUUGAGGACAUGGCCCCUGUUGCAGAUGUCAAGCCAAAGGAUGUCCCGAAACCCAUGAGCACAGAUGAUGCUCUGGAAUCCCUCUCCUUUGGGUUCACAACCUCUACUGCUCCCAUCCCUCAGAAACAGGAGAAGAAAGUGGAGGACUUGGCUGCCAUUGAUGCCUUGUCUGCUGGCUUCUCCAACUUCGCUCCCCCUCCACCCGCUCCUGUCAAGAAAACUGAGUUUAAGUCUCCCGUUGUGACCAAGUCUGCUGCUCCUCCCGCGGACAAGAAAGCUAAGGUGGAAAAGAAAACUGAGUUUAAGUCUCCCGUUGUGACCAAGUCUGCUGCUCCCCCCGCGGACAAGAAAGCUAAGGUGGAAAAGUUGGCUGACUCCCCAAUGGACACCAAGCCUAAGACAGAUGAGGGUAUGUCCCUGGAUGCUCUCAAUGCUCUGGGAGACACUCUGGCUGCUCCAGAACCAGCGCCCAAACCUCCCAAAAUCAGACCUGAGGACAUUGUCACGGAGGGCAAACUGACAUCAGAGGCGGGUGUGUUUGUGGGUGAGAGGGACGACACUAUCCCACCAGAGUACAGGUUCACAAAGGACAAAGUCAAAGACCUGCCUCCUCCCAAGAAAGAGCCUUCCAUGGACGCUGGCGAGGCUCUGGACAUCCUGUCAGGUGACUUCAUGUCUUCCUCUGUGGCUCCAUCUGUCCAGGCUCCUGUCCUGUGCCCCCCAGCUCCUCCCAAACAGGCCGAAAUAGAUGAUUUAGCAGCCCUGGAUGCCUUGGCUGGAGACUUUGUGGCUCCUACUAAGGCCUCCGCUGUCCAGGCCCCCGUGGUGCCUCACUUCGACAACCCCCCACAGAGAGCCGUUUGUACAUUUGACCUUGAAGCCCCCAGCAUGGCUCCUGUUGUACCUGGAGCCACUACUAAACCCGGAGCCACUACUAAACCCGGAGCCACUACUAAACCCGGAGCCACGACUAAAGCCGCAGCACCUACUAAAGCCGCAGCACCUACUAAAGCCGCAGCACUUACUAAACCCGCAGCACCUACUAAAACCACCACUGAUGAGGGUAUGUCCCUGGAUGCUCUCAGUGCUCUGGGAGACACUCUGGCUGCUCCAGAACCAGCGCCCGAACCUCCCAAGAUCAGACCUGAGGACAUUGUCACGGAGGGCAAACUGACAGAGAUGGAAGCUGUGCUUGUGGGUGAGAGGGAUGACACUCUCCCACCAGAGUACAGGUUCACAGAGGACAAAGGCAAAGACCUGCCUCCUCCCAAGAAAGAGCCGUCCAUGGACUCAGGUGAGGCUCUGGACAUCCUGUCAGGUGACUUCAUGUCUUCCUCUGUGGCUCCAACUGUCCAGGCUCCUGUCCUCUGCCCCCCAGCUCCUCCAACACAGGCUGCAGAUGACUUUGCCUUGGACGCCCUGGCAGGGGAAUUUGUAGCCCCAGCUGUUGCCCCUGCAGUCAAAUCUGCUGCUAACCGCCAGCUGUCUACAGGGACGGUAGAUGCUCUGGAUGCCUUGUCAGACACCUUAAUGAACAUGACUCCUAUCCCGGAGCCCGUUCCCGUCUCAGUCAGGGACAUCGUCAAGGAGAAGAAGAUCAUGGAGGAGAAGCUUAUCAAGAUGGGGGAGAGAGAUGUCAGCCUUCCAGCUGAGUACCGGCCCACAGAGAAAGACCUUAAGGCAAUGGCAGAGGCCAAAGCCCAGGCUGAUGUUAGGCCCAAGCAGCCAUCUAUGGAUGACAGCAGUGCCCUCGACCUCUUGUCUAGAGACUUCUCUUCCUCACCUGGUCCUGCUGCAACCUCAGUAGUUGUGACAACAAAGCAGACACAGCCCAGUCUGGAGAGCAACAGCAAGUCAAGGUCUAAGUCAAAGAAACAACAGGAGGAGAACCCUUCAGCCAAAGACCACCUGUCUGGAAAGAUGAGUUCAGAUGUAGUGCCAGGAUCCAAAAAUAAGGGUGGCAAGAGCUAGACCUCUAGGUUUCUAGCGCACUACAUGUCCCCUGCCACAUGGAGGCGCCACUAGAGGGCGCUGCUGUGAACGAUGAUUCUAUUUUUCUAAAUGGUGGAGAAUGUAUACUGGAUGAAAAACAAACAUGACCACACACACACACACACACACUUACACACAGACACAUGCUGUGUGCAAUGCCUUUCCUGCUUGGUUUCGCACAUGACAGAAGAUUGUACUUGUUUUGGUUUCUUUCCUUUGAGAUGAGGAGAGCAAAAUAAAGAGAGAGUGAGAGAAGAGAGA